AUGGGGGAUCUUCAGAUCAAAUAUCCUGGCUGCGAGGCCGUGGCUCCCGCAGAGCAAGAGUCGCCAGGGCCGGAGUGUGGGGAGGAGCCGCAGCGCCAGAAUCCCGAGAGAAAGCAGCGAUGUAGAUUUGAUGGCCAAGAAACAAAAGGAACUAAAUACUCUAGCUCCAAUGAUUUCAGUGACCCGAUUUACAAAGAAAUUGCCAUUACGAAUGGUUGUAUUAAUAGAAUGAGUAAGGAAGAACUCAGAGCUAAACUUUCAGAAUUCAAGCUUGAAACCAGAGGAGUAAAGGAUGUAUUAAAGAAGAGGCUAAAAAACUAUUGUAAGAAACAGAAGCUGAUGUUGAAAGAGGGCAAUUGUGCCGACAGUUACUAUGACUACAUUUGUAUUAUUGACUUUGAAGCAACUUGUGAAGAGGGUAAUCCACCUGAGUUCAUACAUGAAAUAAUUGAAUUUCCUGUUGUCUUACUGAAUACUCAUACCUUAGAAAUAGAAGAUACAUUUCAGCAGUAUGUGAGACCAGAGAUUAACACACAGCUUUCUGAUUUCUGCAUCAGUCUUACUGGAAUUACUCAGGAUCAGGUAGAUGGAGCUGAUACCUUCCCUCAGGUACUAAAAAAGGUAAUUGACUGGAUGAAAUUGAAGGAAUUAGGAACAAAGUAUAAAUACUCCAUAUUAACAGAUGGUUCAUGGGAUAUGAGUAAGUUCCUGAACAUUCAGUGCCAGCUCAGCAGGCUCAGAUAUCCUCCUUUUGCUAAAAAAUGGAUCAAUAUUCGAAAGUCAUAUGGAAACUUUUAUAAGGUUCCUAGAAGCCAAACCAAACUGACUAUAAUGCUUGAAAAACUGGGAAUGAAUUAUGACGGGCGGCCUCAUAGUGGACUUGAUGACUCUAAGAACAUUGCCCGAAUUGCAGUUCGAAUGCUUCAGGAUGGCUGUGAACUCCGUAUCAAUGAAAAACUGCACGCGGGACAACUAAUGAGUGUGUCCUCUUCCUUACCAAUAGAGGGCACUCCAGCUCCACAAAUGCCACAUUUUAGAAAAUAACAUCACCAUUUUUUGCGUGAAUCAUCAUUCUAACUGGAGUUGCUACAAAGAUGUAGCAGAUAAAUACUCGUUAAGUUAGUCCUGCAGUGCAAAAUUCAAGCACCUUAAACAUUUAAAAUCUUACUGUAGUUAUAAGGGUACCUAGUAAUAAAUAUAUAUAAGUGAAUAGAUUUUGUGGGGAGGGUAUAUUGAAUUCUUUGUCACCAGCACUUUUGAUACAAGCAGUAUUUGUUACCCAGUAACAGUUCCUGCUUAGAACUGAAUUUUAUAAUUUAAGGUGUCCAGGAUGUAUUCCUUUUGGUUUUAAUAUGCAAAGUUGUAUUGGCUCGCCCCUUGAAUGUUUUAUUGAUGUUAAAAUACAUAAUUCAUUUCUACAUUAGCAUCAUUACAUGAAAUCAUUUCUUAAAAUGCAGACCGGAAUGGAAGGCAGGCCUUAUCUAUCUAGCCCAUGGCUUUUAAGAAUAUCAUUGUCCUUUUGAUUUUUGAAGUUUAUAUAUGAUAUUCAUAUAUAUGUGGUGAAUUUCAUAAAGUACUUGGUAUACGUAUUUGCCUACAUUUCUUUUUAAUUCAUAAUU